GUUGACGGGCCGGGGCGGUGGGCGCGGGGCGGGACGGGGCGGCGCGGCGCGGAUUUGAAGGCGGCGGCGGGAGGCGCCGCGCGGGGCAGGGCCCUUGGCUUCUGUGAAACACUGGAAGUUAAGUGGAAUAAGUAGAUAACUCAGACUUUUGUUUGGAAUUUCUUCCAACAAGAAAGAAAACUUGUAGAAAAUGACACCUGGGAAAGUUUUGCAACCUGUAUUGAAAAUGAAGGUGGAUGAACUGUUUUUGUGCUGGUUUAGCCAGCCUGCGACUCAGCUGACUUUAAAGGACUGCUUGAGAAGAAUCAAGAAUGAGGAGAAAACUGAGAUUGGAAAUGGAGAUUCAGGAAACAGUAAAAAUGAGAGGUUCACUACUAAGAAUUCCGACUCCAAGCAAAGCAUAUUAGGAGAUAUCAGACUACCCUUGUCUUUCAGCCCUCCUCAACUUUCUACUACUCUUCCGUUGUCAACUUCAUCCAGCUCAAGGAACGUUUCUAAUGUUAAAGGAACACGUAGAUCUUCAGGAACCAGAGUAGUUCAGGCGAAGAAAGAAGAAGCUUUGCCACCAUCGCUUAGUCAAACCAUUCCAACUUUCUAUUUUCCUCGAGGAUGUCCUAAGGAAAAAGUGAAUAUAGAUGCUGUGAUUGCCAAAAUUGAGAGAACUUUCUCUCAGUUUCCAAAUGAGAGGGCAACUUUAGACGACAUGGGGAAAGUUGCAAAGGCUUGUGAAUGCCCACUUUACUGGAAAGGUCCUCUGUUUUAUUGUGCUGGAGGAGAACGAACAGGAUACGUGUCAGUUCAUAAGUUUGUUGCAAUGUGGAGGAAAAUACUUCAGACCUGCUAUGAUGAUGCUGCAAAGUUUGUUCAUCUUCUAAUGAACCCUGGAUGCAACUAUUUGGUGCAAGAAGACUUCAUUCCUUUUUUACAAGACGUGGUGAAUAGUCAUCCUGGCCUAUCAUUUUUAAAAGAAGCAUCUGAGUUUCAUUCUCGGUACAUUACCACAGUUAUACAGAGAAUAUUUUAUACAGUAAAUAGGUCCUGGUCUGGGAAAAUAACUUGUAAUGAGCUCAGGAAAAGCAACUUUUUGCAGAAUGUGGCAUUAUUGGAAGAGGAAGCUGAUAUUAACCAGCUGACAGAGUACUUCUCAUAUGAACAUUUCUACGUUAUCUAUUGCAAAUUUUGGGAGCUGGAUACAGACCAUGACCUCUAUAUUGAUCGGAAGGAUUUAGCUCGACAUAAUGAUCAUGCAAUAUCAAGUAGAAUGAUAGAGAGGAUCUUCUCAGGAGCAGUAACAAGAGGUAGAAAAGCACAAAAAGAUGGAAAAAUAAGCUAUGCUGACUUCGUCUGGUUUUUGAUAUCUGAAGAAGACAAGAAGACACCAACUAGCAUUGAAUACUGGUUUCGCUGCAUGGAUCUUGAUGGGGAUGGUGUCUUGUCUAUGUAUGAAUUGGAGUAUUUUUAUGAAGAGCAGUGCCAAAAAUUAGAUAACAUGGCCAUAGAACCUUUGCCAUUUGAAGACUGUUUGUGCCAGAUGCUGGAUCUCGUGAAGCCACAAUAUGAAGGAAAAAUUACUCUGCAUGAUUUAAAGAGAUGCAAGUUGACAAACGUGUUUUUUGAUACUUUUUUCAACAUUGAAAAAUACCUCGACCACGAACAGAAAGAUCAAUUUUCUAUGUUGCGGGAUGGUGAAGGCGAAAGUCAAGAGUUGUCUGACUGGGAGAAGUAUGCUGCUGAAGAGUAUGAUAUCUUGGUAGCAGAAGAGGCAGCAAGUGACCAGUGGAAUGAUGGAAUCACUCCUUUACACUUGCUAGGCGACUUCCAGAACCUCUUGGAAUCGUGCUGUACUUGGAGUCAGGUUUUCAAAUCUUGUUUUCAGGUACGAAGCUGAACUGAAUCCUGUAGACCAUCAGAAGGCCAAUGUCCUGAAGUAUCAAAUGGAAAAAAGACCAUUUUUUGAAAUGCCUUCCCAUCUGACUGAUGUAGACUUGGAUGAAUAUGACUAUGAAGAGGACUUUGAGUAGCUGUUGCGGUCGACACUUGCAGAAGAGAAGGGACAGUCUGCAGCAGGUCUGCUACACACUACACGUUUCAGUGGGGUUUGUUUCCAGGAAGUCAGCUCAGUUUUGUGCUUAAAAAAUAUUUAAUCACUAGACUACCUUUUAAAAGAAAUGCAUUUGUAUGGGAUGAUGAAACUUUUGUAUUUAUUCAAUAGUCUAUAGUUUUUAAAAUUGAUUAAAAUAUUUAUUUACAGAUGUUGCAUAAUUCCUUCUUGGAAGAAUAACAAUAUUUGACUUUUAGAGAAGAGUAAUCUACUGUUUUUUAAGAGAACUGGUGUAGUUCUCUCUAAGUUGAGGCGUGGCACACUAUCUCCAUCCCAUAUGUAAAGGGGCAUUCCUGCCUUGCUAUGGGAGGUAAGGAGAUGACUUAUACCUGGCCGGCAGUGCUUGUGUGCUCAUAGACAGCGCUAGGGUUUUUGUGCCUUGUCGAGGAGAUUGACUGAGCGCAUGAUUCAGCCCUUACUUACAAAUGCAGUUUUAUUGGACAAGCCGAGCGUAUUGGUGCAUAAGGAAGACUAAUGCCGAAACAAGUUGCUUCUCUUCUCUGUAUAGUCCUUGUUUGCCCCGACUUUAACUUUGCUUGGCCUUUUAAACUUCAGUGUUUUCAUUGACGUUCAUUAUAAAAAGAUUAUUUAAUAGUGCAGUCUGUUUUAGUGUUCAUACUUGAUCCAAAAUGAGUGUGUUAAUUCUUGUAGAAGGAACCAAUUUUUUUAAAUCCUUUGUAUAAAUGUUACUUGAUCAGUGAUGUGCACUAAUUUGUUGUGGGCAUUCAGUGCUUUUGUCUGUCCUCCCCUUCAGUUGUUUGCUAUUGACACAUUCCAUGGAUAUUCAUACAGUGUCACAGCAGCUUGAAAUUGUUGCCUCACUCUUACUGUUAAACAGAUUUUGUUGAAAAAAUGUACAAAAAGAUGUAAGUUAUUUUGGUUGCAGUGUAGAUCUGUUUAAAAUGUUUAAAAAUCAUGUUUGUAUUUUGAAAUAAAGAUUUUCAUACAUGUAAUUU